CAUGCGCAGUGGGUUCGGGCUCAGCUGUGCGGGAGGCCGUGAGCGGCCGCGGGAGGCGGUGGGCCCUGGCCACCGCUGAGGCCGCCGGAGCCGGCCGGAGCCGGCACUGACGAGGGGCCAUGAGUUGGUUCAACGCCUCGCAGUUGUCCAGCUUCGCCAAGCAGGCCCUCUCUCAGGCCCAGAAGUCCAUCGACAGGGUUCUGGACAUCCAGGAGGAGGAGCCGAGCGCCUGGGCAGAGGCCAUCCCGUACGGCGAGCCGGGAAUAAGUCCCCCUGUGAGUGGAGGAUGGGAUACUUCAACCUGGGGACUAAACUCAAGCACUGAACCUCAGAGUCCACCAACAGCCUCUCCUAAAGCAAUUACAAAGCCAGUUCGAAGGACUGUAGUAGAUGAAUCUGAAAGUUUCUUCAGUGCCUUUCUCUCUCCAUCAGAUAUCCAGACCAUUCAGAAGAGUCCAGUGGUAUCAAAACCUCCAGUUAAAUCACAGAGGCCAGAAGAAGAAGUGAAAAGCAGUUUACAUGAAUCAUCAUCCCCUGGCCAGUCCAGAACUUCUGAAACAGCCGAGUCAGAAGUGAGAGAGACUGUGUGUGAACCAGGAGAAACUCAGGCUGUGGGUCCUCCUUCAUCUAUACCUGAAGACAAGCAUGGAGAAACUGCUACUAAAGAGUCUGAGGUGAAGGUGCCCACUGUGCAACUGAAAGCUUCUCAAAAUAUAGCUCAUGUAAACACAACAACAGAAGAUGUAUCUACCACAUCCGCCCCAUCUCUCACAGCAGAAACUAAGGAUAUGGCUUUGGAAACUAAGGAACAAAAGCAUGAAGACAGACAAAGCAAUACACCAUCUCCUCCUGUUAGCUCCUUCUCAUCGGGCACUUCUACCACCAGUGAUAUUGAAGUUUUAGAUCAUGAGAGUGUAAUAAGUGAGAGCUCAGCUAGUUCAAGGCAAGAGACUUCAGAUGCAAAGUCAAGUCUUCACCUCAUGCAGACAUCAUUUCAGCUGCUCACUGCAUCUGCUUGUCCUGAGUAUGGCCGCUUAGAUGAGUUCCAAAAGCUCAACGAGAGUUGUUGCUCAUCGGAUGCUUUUGAAAGAAUAGACUCGUUUAGUGUGCAGUCUCUAGAUAGCCGGAGUGUAAGCGAAAUCAACUCAGAUGAUGAACUGCCAGGCAAGGGCUAUGCUUUAGUGCCUAUAGUAGUGAAUUCUUCAACCCCAAAGACUAAAGUAGCAGAAUCCACUGAAGAAAAAGCUCAAGAAGAGGAAGGAAACGAAACGUUAAUUGCACCUUCUGAAGAAGCAGAAUUAGAGGAAAGUGGCCGGAGUGCUACCCCUGUUAAUUGUGAACAGCCAGAUAUGUUGGCUUCUCCUACGCCAGCAAAUGAAGGGCAUCCUGCUUCUGGACCAGCUGCUGAGCAAUGUGAAGCUGCUGAAAGUCAGCCGGAAGCACCGCCCGAGAAAGAAGAUGUUUGCAAGACACUUGACUUUCUGAAUGAGAAACUGGAGAAGAGGGAAGCUCAGUUGUUGUCUCUUAGUAAAGAAAAAGCACUUCUAGAGGAAGCUUAUGAUAACUUGAAGGAUGAAAUGUUCAGAGUAAAAGAAGAAAGUAGUAACAUUUCUUCCCUGAAGGAUGAAUUUACCCAAAGAAUUGCAGAAGCAGAAAAGAAAGUUCAACUAGCCUGCAAAGAGAGAGAUGCUGCUAAGAAGGAAGUGAAAACCAUGAAAGAAGAACUUGCCACUAGAUUGAAUAGUAGUCAGACUGCAGACCUCUUGAAGGAGAAAGAAGAACAGAUUCAAGGGUUAAUGGAAGAAGGAGAAAAACUUUCAAAACAGCAGCUGCAUAAUUCUAACAUCAUUAAGAAAUUAAGAACGAAAGACAAAGACAAUGAAAAUGUCAUUGCAAAGCUGAAUAGAAAAGCUAAGGAGCUGGAAGAGGAAUUACAACAUUUAAGACAGGUCCUUGAUGGCAAAGAAGAAGUUGAGAAACAACAUAGAGAAAAUAUUAAAAAACUAAAUUCUGUGGUAGAACGCCAAGAGAAAGAUCUUGGCCGACUUCAGGUAGACUUGGAUGAACUUGAAGAAAAGAGCCGAAGUACUCAGGCUGCCCUAGAUAGUGCAUACAGAGAACUUACUGAUCUUCACAAAGCUAAUGCUGCUAAGGACAGUGAGGUGCAGGAAGCUGCUUUGAGGCGUGAGAUGAAGGCUAAGGAAGAACUCUCUGCGACACUGGAGAAGGCUCAGGAAGAAGCCCGUCAGCAGCAAGAGGCAUUAGUGCUUCAGGUGGGGGACCUUAGACUAGCACUGCAACGGGCAGAGCAAACUGCUGCGAGGAAAGAGGAUUAUUUACGCCAUGAGAUCAGUGAACUUCAGCAGAGACUCCAAGAAGCAGAGAAUCGAAACCAAGAACUGAGUCAAAGUGUUUCAUCAACAACAAGACCAUUGCUCCGACAGAUAGAAAAUUUACAGGCAACUCUAGGCUCUCAGACUUCAUCGUGGGAGAUGCUAGAGAAGAAUCUUUCUGACAGGCUUGGUGAGUCACAGACUUUGUUGGCUGCAGCAGUUGAAAGAGAACGAGCAGCUACAGAAGAACUCCUGGCCAACAAAAUCCAGAUGUCUUCGGUGGAGUCACAGAAUGCCCUCUUACGACAGGAAAACAGUAGACUUCAGGCCCAGCUAGAGUCAGAGAAAAAUAAACUAAGAAAACUGGAAGAUGAAAAUAAUCGGUACCAGGUUGAAUUAGAAAACCUAAAAGAUGACUAUGUAAGAACACUUGAAGAGACAAGGAAAGAAAAGACACUGUUGUGCAGUCAGUUAGAAAUGGAGAAAAUGAAAGUUGAACAAGAAAGGAAGAAAGCCAUUUUCACUCAAGAAGCAAUAAAAGAAAAGGACCACAGACAGUUUUCUGUUUCUAGUACUCCCACCAUUUCACGUUCAAGUUCUAUAAGUGGAGUAGAUACAGCAGGGCUACAGACAUCUUUCCUGUCUCAGGAUGAGUCUCAUGACCAUUCAUUUGGGCCAAUGUCUACAUCAGCCAGUGGAAGCAAUCUUUAUGAAGCUGUAAGGAUGGGAGCAGGAUCGAGCAUUAUUGAAAAUCUGCAGUCUCAACUAAAGCUGAGGGAAGGAGAAAUUAGUCAUUUACAGCUAGAAAUUAGCAAUCUAGAAAAAACUCGAUCCAUAAUGUCUGAAGAGCUAGUUAAAUUAACAAAUCAAAAUGAUGAACUGGAGGAGAAAGUGAAAGAGAUACCCAAGCUUCGAGUUCAACUCCGAGAUCUGGAUCAAAGAUAUAACACUAUUCUGCAGAUGUAUGGAGAAAAGGCAGAGGAAGCAGAGGAACUUCGCCUGGAUCUUGAAGAUGUGAAAAAUAUGUAUAAAACUCAAAUAGAUGAACUUCUAAGACAAAGGCUCAGUUAACUUUGAAAUCUGUAUUCCCAUCAAACUGAAUGUAAACACUUAAUAUAUAAAUGCAGACUUCCAAUAAAUUCUUUUGUAGAGUUAGAAAAUGAGAUUUGCUGUAGAGUGUAAAAAACUUUUUUAAAAAUUCUUUUAUAGUAUGUAGUUAUAUUUGCAGUUAAAUUAUUUUGUGCAAUAUUUGAAUUUUAUUUUUGAAGCUAUUCUUUAAAUUUUUCUAAAGCAGUUUUUUGUUUUGUUUUGUUUUGUGCCUUGAACAGCACAGAGAUUUAUUAUUUUAUCCAUAUGGCAAUAUGGCUAGGAAAGGAGAUUACUGUUUUCAUAUUGUGAAUAUAUAAUUAAUUGUAUUAUAGCUAUAAUUUAUAUGUGUUUGUACAUAUUGAGAGACUUACAGAGUAAUGUUAACAUUGAAACUUUGAAAUCUUUCACACUGAAAUCUUCAACUAUUUCUUGAAAGUGUUUUCAGCAUUCAAGUAUAAAGGUUAUUACAUUUUUGUGACUACUAAAUUAUAAACUAAGAUUUUCCUUUAAAAGCAGAAGUCACACUGACAUGUCUAAAAUUUAAAAUAUAAUUUAAGCUUAAAAAAUAUUUCUGUUUUGAAAUUUUAUUCCAUGUGGCUUUCACAAUAAAGUGUGAACAAAUGUGGAUCCUUUUUUGGUACUUAUCCAAGGAAAGCUAUAAACAUUCGAUAUUAGCUAGGCAUAAUUGAAAAGUGGGAAAUUUUGCUUUCAAUAAAUUCUGAUAGCAUCAGUAGCAAGCAAUUUUGACAUAUUUUACUACAUUGUGAAAUGAAUCUAACAUAAUAAAUCAUUGACAAAAUUUACUCUUAAAAAUUAGUCAAUUUACUUUUUAAAAACUACUUGUUUAAGUUUAUACAGUUGUAUUUGGGGGCAUUAAAAAUGAAUGUCUUGACAGAAUCUCCAUAACAAAACAGAAAAGUUACAGGGGUACAUUUAAAUUGGAGAUUUUAUAAUUUUGCGAGUUCAACAUUUUCUUCUUAAGCCUCAACAAGCAAAAAAUAACAAAAAGUUGUAUAGAAUGGCUUUAAAACAUAGUUAUGCCCUCUUCAAAAUGUUACUUUUUUUAACUUACACCCCGUGUUAGUCAUUGAGUCAUGUCAGCUAUUGGGUCUACUGUCAUACGUGUGGAUACCAUGUUCUUUACUGACCCCAAAGUGAAGAUGUCAGAGGUUAGCCACAAGUUCUUCCCUUUAACGUAAAGAUGACUGUUGACUAUCUUUCUGGAUAGUCUAUCUUGCUGGGUGGUAGCUUCCACUGUUUUAGGCAUGCAGUGAGGGUCUUAAAACUGCCCUCCCCACAUUGAGAAGAUAGGAUUUCAAAUAAAAGUUAAGUUUUAGUUACAUUUUAAACAGUACUUCAGGACACAGCUGUGAGUAGCCAUCUUGCAGAAUGGAGAUUUUGGGAGGUGAUUCAAGUGACCUUGUUUUGUUCCUUGUGUUCUGUCCACACAGUGCUGCUGUCAUUCUGUCUCUGACUUAUAGCAUGAAUAAAUGUCCUGUUGGUGAAAGUCACCAUCAUAAAAUUAAGUUUCUAUAUUUUAGUAGUAGUAGAACUCCUCUUAACUGUUCUCCAGCUUUAAAAUGUUUAAGCCAGGUGGUGGUGGCACAUGCCUUUAGUCCCAGCACUUGGGUGGCAGAGGCAGGUGGAUCUCUGUGAGUUCAAGGCCAGCCUGGUAUACAGAUCGAGUUCCAGGCUGCACAGUGAGAUCCUGCCUCAAAAAACAAAACAAAACAAAACAAAAAAGCUAGUAACAACAGAAAAACAUUAACAACAACAAAUCAGCUUUUAAUAUUCAGGGGCAGGAUGAUAAGUCUGACAGCAAAAUUCUUGACAAGCAUUUGAAAUUGGUAGUUUGGGAAAUGUAAAAUACUUUUUAAACAAAUAGUUUAAAAAUGUGGCAGAGAAAAGACUUGGAAAUUAAAUUCUCCUGUAUUAAACUCCAAAUAUUACAAUAUCAACAUUAAAUAUUUUUCUUGGUCCUUAUUAAUAAAAUUGAAAUCUUAAAGUGUUUUCAACUUAUUUACAAAAUGAUACACAACCAUUCAUAUCUGUCACGUGGUCUGCUUCAUCUACAAAUUAAUAGCUAAUAUUCAAGCUUCUUUUAAUUUGACUAGUAUAUGUUUAGACCUUUCAAUACACUUCAAGUUGAUAAGGGGAACCGUUUAAAUUUCUUGUAAACCAGUAGGUGGCUACUCUUUCAUUAAAUUUAUUUGCUUGUAUAUCAUUGAAAAGUCUCUACUCAUAUGCUAGUAGAAUAUUCUAGUGCAUAAAAUAGUUUGCAAUUAUAUGCUUCCAUUCUUGAGAAAUAACAAAGAUACUUUGAAUUAAGAGUGAAAGAGGCAUGGGCACCUGCUGGUAUCAGAUGCUGGUGGGUCUUAGAGACUGGUUGGAGAAGCUGCUGUGCUAGGCAUCUUUUGGGAGCACUGUAUAGCAUUUAGCAUGUAGAAUGUACCAAGUACAUGGUAUGGUUUUUUGGUUUUGUUUUUGUUUUCUGAGGAAGGAUCUCACUGUAUCUUUGGAACCUGUCCUGGCACUUGCUCUGUAGACCAGGCUGGCUUCUAAUACAUAGAGAUCCUUCUACCUCUGCCUUCCGAGUGCUGAGAGUAAAGGCAUGUGCCACCACCACCUGCCUGAAUUUCAGUUUUUAUGGUUAAUUAAAUGAAAAGAAUGUUCAGGAAGUAUUUUCCUUCAUCCCUCAAUUAUUUAAUUAAUUGGAAGUUUUAUUUGAAUGGUUAUUAAAAGUACAUUAUGUGUAAUAUUUAAAAGAAAGCCUCCAGAUUAGUGAGGAAUGAGUGUAAAUGCCUUAUUUUACUACUGUUUGUUUAGUGUUAUAUACAUGUAUAUUCUAGGGGGUCUUUUCUCAUUUUCAUUACAAAAAAGCUGAUCCAAUUUUCCUUAUCCUUGGUCAGUUUAGAACUAAAAAAAAAAAUCAGCUACAUAUAUUGUAAAGGGCUAAAAAUAUGAUUUAAAAUAUAGACUGAUAUUAUUUUAAUUACAAAUGAAAGGUAAUGUAAAUAAGCAUGGAUCUGGUUUAAAUAAAGAUUUGAAAGUCUA